UCGUGAAUGGUAAAAGCGCUCUAAUUAAAGUCUGAAAAAUACGAGGAGAUAAAUUUAUAUUUAAUUAAAUUUUUAGAUUUCUUGCAUUAAUUAGUUUAUUAAAAGCAAACAUUUUUUCUGCUUUCAUUAUUUGGUAAAUUUUCUGUUAAAUAGGAAUGUCGGAGUUAAUACAUUUUGAAAUAAAUGAUUUGGUGUGGGCAAAAAUGAAAGGAUUUUCACCGUGGCCAGGGAUGGUUGUCUCACCACCAGCAAAAGUUGGUAAACCUCCGAAACGACAAGUACCAUCUAAGUGUAUUUAUUUUUUUGGAUCAAAAAAUUAUGCGUGGAUAGAGAUUGAUAAUUUGAAGCCAUAUGAUAUGUAUAAGGAAGAAUUAUCAAAGACUUGUAAAACAUCUUUAUUCAAGUUAGCUCUUAAAGAUAUAGAGGAUUAUAUAAAUGAUCCUACAAUUUUAACUUUAGAACCACCAGCAAUAUCUUCAGAAAAUGAUAUUGACGCCAACUUCGACAAAUUGCGAGACAGCGACACAUCUGAUUUUAAUGAAAAAACCCCAAAAAAAACUCCAAAAUCGACAAAGCCGAAAUCGUUGUCAGCAAAAUCAUCAAAAAGUACAAAAACCAAUAAUUCAGUCUCAAGAUCAGCUGGGGCUAAAUCAACUUCGGCAAAACGAAAGCGGGAUUCUGAUGAUAAUAUUGGAAGUGGGGUCAGUGCUAAAAAACGUUUAAAUGCAUCAAAUUUCGAUUUUAGUACACCAAAUACAGCCAGACGAGGUGGAAGUGCGACUACAUUAAUUAAUAGACCAGUUGUACCCAGACCAGAGGCACCACCUGUCAAUAUGAUUUGUACAAAUGAUUUUCUUUCAAGAGAGAUAACUCCAUCUCAAUUAACAUUUGGUUUUCUCGGAGUAGGCAUUAUGGGAUCAAUUUUCAUUAAAAAUUUUAUCACAACCGGCCACAAAGUUGUUAUUUGGAACAGAACACCAUCCAAGUGUGAAAUAUUUAAACUACAUGGGGCAAUCGUUAAAGAAGCACCUUUUGAAGUUAUUGAUGCUGCUGAUAUAACUUUUUGUUGCGUGUCAGAUCCAAAAGCAGCUAAAGAUCUGGUGUUUGGCAAUUGUGGAGUUCUGCAGUCAUCAACUCUUACUGGCAAAGGAUAUGUUGAAAUGUCUACCAUUGAUCCAGAAACAUCGAAAGAUAUUUGUGACGCGAUAGCAGGAGCUGGUGGUCGUUAUUUAGAAGCACAGAUUCAAGGAACACGACCUGAAGCUGAAGAAGGAAACGUUGUUAUAUUAGCAGGAGGUGAUAGAAGCGUUUUCGAUGAAUGCGAAUCGUGCUUUAAAUCAAUUGCUAAAAAUACAUUUUUCCUUGGUGAAACUGGUAACGCGUGUACAGUAAAUUUAAUUUUACAAACAAUUGUUGGCGUUAGUUUAGUUGGACUAUCUGAAGCUUUUGCAUUAGCGGAACGUUUUCAAAUAUCGUUGACAGAUAUUUUAGACAUAUUAGACCUUACAUCAAUCAAAUCUGGUUUAUUAAUUUCAAAAGGAAAAGAAAUGGCUAAGCAUAGUUUCGCAACUAAUCACCCCCUAGCAUUAAUGCAAAAAGAUUUGCGUUUGGUUUUGGAUAUGGCUGAAACAGUCGAUCAGGCAAUGCCAACUACUAGCAUAUCGAAUGAAGUAUUUAAGCAUGCAAAACGAUUAGGCUAUGGUGAACAUGAUUCAAGUGCCGUUUUCAUGGAUGGCAUAGUAAAUGAUGAAAAAUGUUGAAUAUAAUUUCUUGUUUUGAUAAAAAAAGAUUUAUUAGAAUAUAAUACAUAUGUAUGUCAAAUGUAAUUAAAAUAUAAUAUAUUUUCUUAAAAGAUUGUAAAUCUAAAAAAUUAACAUUCAUACAAUAUUAAUAUUUGAUUUUUAGUGUAAGAUAAAAAUUAUUAAAAAAAAUUUAAAGUGUCUGUCAUUAUGAAAGACAGCUUCAAAAAAAGUUAGUUGAGUUUGUAAAUACUUUUAAAACAAAUAUAUAACUUUUAUAAAUAAAAUUAAAACAAAGAAAUGAAAAAUUUACAAAAAUUUUGCUGACAAAAAGAAUUUUCAUAUAAACUAAAAAAUAUUGCUUUUUUAUACUCUUCAUUUAAUUUUUUGAUUUCAUAAAGAUAUGUUCCGUUUGAAAAAAUAUUUAGUAAAUAAGGAAAAUAUUGUAAUUUGUAGUAUAAAAAAAUAUGUUGUAUGAAACAAAAAUUUUACUUGCAAUAUGUUAAUU